UUGACAUCAACUACGAUCUAUAAUAUGAACGAUACCUAAUUGUUUGUCGUUUAUUAUUGUGAUUUGUGAAAGAUUCAUGCAAAGAGAGAGUGAGUCAUAUUUUAAAAGUGUGCUUUUAUCAGUCAGAUAGACUAUGUUCACCGCAUUAUUUGGUAAGAGAAGAUCUUCUCCAGUGGAAGAUGAAACGCCCCCGAUACCCGGUCCAAAAGCUGAUGAUGGCUUUGUUGUAAUUGAUCCAAACGCUUCAGGCGGUGGAGGCUUGUAUCCAAGUGUGAGUGGAGUACCGUAUCCACAAAGGCAAGCCCCGCCAGUUCCGGGACGGAGACCGCAUCGUGUUGAUCCAACUUUCCACUAUUUACAAGGUGUCCCAUUUUCAUUAUCUCGUGAACUUCAGAUGUCCGCUAAUAAAGAUGCAUUUGCGACUGAAAUCGGUGACCUUUUAGCGUUUUUAACAAAUAAAAUGGAUAUGAGUGGAUAUAACUAUGACUUCACUGUUGAAAAGAGUGUUUUAAAGGAGUGUUAAAUGGUAAUUAGAAAAAUACGUGUUUAUACAUACCUAUAUUUAAAUUAUGAUGAAAUCAUUUUAUUGUUUACUUAAGAAUAGUAAAGAGUUCAUUUGAUUUUAAGUAAAUAAAAAGUAAUAUAAAUCAAGGAUA